AUGGCCACGGUCGUGCUUGGAGCCCAGUGGGGUGACGAGGGCAAGGGCAAGAUCGUCGACGUUAUCUGCCAGGACAAAAUCCAACUCUGCUGCAGAGCACAGGGAGGUCACAACGCGGGACACACCAUUGUGAAGAAUCUCAAUGGCACGGAGACCAAAUUCGAUGUCCACAUCCUGCGUAAGCUCCUUCGCUUGCUCACUCCCGAGCAGUGCUAACCUCUGCGCAGCUUCUGGCGUCCUGACAGACGGCUGCGUAAACCUAGUCGGCUCCGGAUGCGUGGUCUACAUCCCCAACUUCUUCGCCGAGAUUGAGAUGCUCAAUAAGCAUGGGAUCAACACCAAAGACCGCAUCCUACUCAGCGACCGCUGUCACGUGGACCUAGACCUGCACACGAGCGUCGAUGGUCUGGAAGAGGUCGAGCUAGGCAAGGGCAGCAUUGGCACAACAAAGAAGGGCAUUGGCCCAACAUACUCCACCAAGGCAACGCGGAGUGGUGUGCGAGUCGCGGACAUCUUCAACAAGGACCUGUUUGACGACAAACUCCGUCUCCUGGCCCACGGCUUCAAGAAGCGAUAUGGGGACCUCCUCAAGUACGAUCCGGAAGAGGAAAUCAAGCGAUUCGACGUCUACCGGGAUCAAUUGAAGGACUACGUCGUGGACCAGGUACCGUUGAUAGAGUCUGCGGUCAAGGGCAACGUCAAGAUGCUUGUUGAGGGUUCCCAAGCGCUUAUGUUGGAUCUGGACAACGGCACUUACCCCUUUGUCACUUCUUCCAAUACCGGCCUCGGUGGAUGCAUGACGGGUCUCCAUCUAAGUCCACGGAAUCUUAAGGAGAUAAUUGGAGUUGUGAAGGCGUAUACCACGCGCGUUGGAUCCGGACCGUUUCCCUCAGAGCAGCUGAACGAAUAUGGCGAGAAGCUUCAACAGAUCGGCAAGGAGUAUGGGGUCACUACUGGACGUAAGCGGCGCUGCGGCUGGCUGGACCUGGUCGUGGUCAAGUUCUCCAAUGCCGUCAACUGGUACGACGCGAUCAAUCUCACGAAACUCGAUAUUCUCGACGACUUCGACGAGAUCAAAGUUGCUACUGAGUACCAACACAAAGGACAGAAGUUGGCCUCUUUCCCCGCCGACCUUUCCAUUUUGGACAACUUGGAGGUCAAGUACGAGACUCUCCCAGGAUGGAAGGCGAAUACGGUUGGCUUGAAGCACUACGAAGACCUCCCGGAGAACGCGCGCAAAUACGUCGAGUUCAUUGAGAACUUUGUUGGCGUGCGCAUCAAGUACAUUGGCACCGGUCCAGGCAACGAGAACAUGAUUAUUCGGUAG